UGCUAAAGCAAUCUCUCUCGAUUGACAGCCUUUCUCAAUUCUCAAGCAACGAGGUCAAAAAGAUACAGCGAAACCGUGCCGCCAAGAAAUCUCUCAUCAGAACACCGUAACCAGAGCUGUUUUUGUUCGUCGUCAUUGUCGGCUUCUGAUUUCAAUUCGAUCUCCAAAACAUGGGCGAUUCGUACUGGAAAUACGGUGCCGCUGAAGGCAGGCAGCAACAGCAGCAGCAGCAGCCACCGCUCAUCGGAAAGCGCCCCCGCUCCGAUUUCGAUGGUCCUGGUGGUCGUGACAUGCCUGGCUAUGCUGCUCGUCAGGAUGCGAGAGGAACUCCGCUGGUGGUUAAAGAUUCUGAUACGAUUGGUGCAUCAUAUGACCGUUAUCUACGUGGCACGCAGCAACUUCCACCAUAUAGUGGGGGCGCCGAAUCCGCUAGACUCAUGGGCCCGGGUCUUGGUGUCGGUUAUCAGGAAGAUCCUCGCCUGAUGGGUUUGGGCCUAUUGGGGAGUAUGGAUUCUGCAGCACCAAAUGUUCGGGAAUUAGGGUUGUUAGGUGUGAGGCCUGAACUUUCUUUGCCUCCUGAUGCUAGCAAUACUCUCUUUGUAGAGGGUUUGCCUUCAGAUUGUUCACGCAGAGAAGUGGCUCAUAUAUUUCGUCCUUUUGUGGGUUACAGAGAAGUUCGACUUGUAACCAAGGAAUCCAGACAUUCGAGUGGGGAUCCUUUGGUACUCUGUUUUGUUGAUUUUGAGAGUCCAGCUGAGGCAGCUACGGCUAAAGAUGCAUUACAAGGUUAUAAGUUUGAUGAGCAUGACCGAGACUCGGUCAGCUUAAGGAUGCAAUUUGCUCGCCAUCCUGGCGCGAGGACAGGUGGCGCAGCAAAGUCAGGCGGCGGCGGCAUGCGUGGAAGACGUUGACUAUGCGACUUUACAGGAUCAAUGCGUUUCGAAAAAAAAUCUGAAUCGGGUGUGUUACGACGCUGCGGGUUUCCAGUUUGUUUAGGACCAGAUGAACUGAUUGGGUUUCGAUUUUCAAGUGAUGAUUGCGACCAUUCGAAGCUUUGUGUUAUAUUUCGUUUCGUGCCCGAGAGCAUUGUUUAAUUAUAUAUUGUUUCCAGUGAAGCUAUGUGCAUUUUAGAUUGGCGUACUUCGUUUUGGGUUUUACCUAUGAAUCUUCUAAAUGAUGGAUGAAUGUCUGAUAUCUAUAUUAAUCCCGUAUUUAACUAUUAUAUUAGAUAA